CCAUAGCUGCAGGUUGAUUUCUAACACCUCGUGCUAGUUUGUCCGUCAUUGUGUUCUGUGUCCUCGGAAUAUGGUGAAUAGUAAAGGGAUGAAAAAAUUUCUUACAUCGCAGAAACUCUUCCAUAUGUGUAGUGAAUGUCGGUCAUUCUGUUGGUGUAGACAUCAUCUUCACCAGUUGAGAGCAGUCAGUUGCAAACACCACUUCUGAGAUUCGUAGGGUCUUCAUACACUCCAUCGCCCAUAUCAACGCUUCACAUUCGGCAUGUAAAAGUGAUAGACUUUUGCGAAUAGAUAUGGCAUCCAUCAUAUUAUCAGAUGAUCCACCUGCUUUAUAAAUCCAUCCUUGUGUUUGAUCAAUGUUCUAAAAUAGUUUGAUAGUCAGUCUCUUUCCCUAAGGAUAGAUACUACGUCGUUUCACGCCCUUUGUUUAUUUGUUUUUUUAUUGUAAGCCCAACUCUCUCAGAAAUGGGUCCAAAUAAAGCCCAUUAGCCUUAUAACUGUAUGCGGUUUUCUAUUUAAAUUAUUAAAAUAGCUCCACGUAGACAGCGAGGUGGCACUUUAUUAGUAGCUCCGCGCAUCUGUACGAGGAUGAUAUUUGUCUGAUUCGUUCCAGCCUGUAAACGGUAAUGUGUGUCCGUACAGAUUAUAAAGCUCGGCCUAUACGAAAUUAAAAUAAGCGAAAUGACGGAUUUGCCCAUCCAAUCCAUAUCCAAGGCUUCCAAGCUGUAAAAGGAGGGUUAAAAUCGUAACUUUAACCUUAUUAGACGACACCUCUCGUCAUCGUCACUCGUCACUCCUUGCUUCCACAAGUGAAGUUUUUCAUUUUUUGAAAAUGAUUACGAUGAGAUACAAAGGAAGCGUUUUUAUCACAUUCAUCUUCCUCUCCGUCUUCCUUCUUCAGUGUCCACUUGCUCACUCUUCUUCUACAAAAUUGUUCUGGUUAGCAGAAACAGAAGAUAUGAAUGCCAUGAAAAAGGAGCAUGAGAUUGAUGUUGGAUCAGCCAGUGAAGCUGAAGAAAGAAAAGUUCCGACUGGAGCCGACCCUCUCCAUCAUCACAACAUUCCCUUUGCUUCUCCAUAGAUUAGUUGCUUUUACAUCUUUUGUUUCCCAUAAUUCAUAUUAGUCUGUAAGUACACGUUUUACAAUCCAGUUUUUGGCUUUGUUUUUCCGAAUGUUAAUUAAGUUUCCUGUUAUAAAAUGAUUAUUUGUUAGUCUGUAACAUCCAAUGACGAACGUAGCAAACGUUUUUGUCAUCUUCUCAGAAAUAUUGUCGCCAAAAUAUUUGUGGAUGUUAUCUUUCCAAAAAAAUAUAUAUAUUUGUGGAUGUUUAGAUAAUAUUUUUCAAUUGAUAAAAACACUUAUAAGAAUGAUAACUCUUUAUGAGAUUAAUAAAUCACUUUAAUUUAAACAAACCAUAUUUUGUAAUUUUAAUUUUGAUAUUUACAAACAUUAAUUAGUCUCUUAUCUUCUUAUUUAUGAAGUAAAUACAAGAGUCAAGAAGAUAAGGAAUUUGUGGUAGGAAAUGAUAAAAUACUUUAUCUAAAAUCCUGGUCAAUUUAUUUUUCUUAGAAUUGCUUACCUUGUAUGUUGGUCAAAAAUAAUCCUGAUUAUAGAGUUUAUAGAUUUAAAUCUCCAAAAAAUUAAAACAUUAUCUUGUGUAUUUAAGUAUGAUAUAUAGCAAGAUCUAAUUAUAUUGUAGAUCUUAAUUGAAUGUACAGUUGAAAAUUUUCAAUAUUAUACCUUUUUUGAAAAACUGUUAAGAGUAGUUUAUUAGAAACCGCUGAAGUAGUUUAUUUUAGUGCGUUAAAAGUAAUCGUUGAAUUAGUUUAUUUUGGCAUGAGACCAUAAAAUAAACUGAAACAUUAUUUUAUACUUCAAUAUGAUAUUUAUAAAGAUGACUGAAUUAAUUUGUAAAUUUUAACUGAAUGCACUGUUAAAAAGAUUUUGAAAAACCGUUAAAAUCCGUAAAAGUAGUUUUAUUAGAAACUAUUGAAGUAAUUUAUCUUGUCGCGCUAUAAAUAAAGAUGAUUGAAUUAAAUUAUGGAUUUUAAUUGAAUGCACAGUUAAAAAGAAUUUGAAAAGCCGUUAGAAACCGUUAAAAACCGUUGAAGUAGUUUAUCUUGUCGCUCAAUAAGUGACCGUUGAUUUAGUUUAUUUUGGAGCGAAAACAUAAAUAAACCUUCUUCUUUUGCUUAAAGCAAAUACAUAAGAUUUUAAUUGAAUGCACAGUUAAAAAGAUUUUGAAAAACCGUUAAAAUCCGUUGAAGUAGUUUAUCUUGCCGCGCUAUAAGUGACCGUUGAUUUAGUUUAUUUUGGAGCGAAAACAUAAAUAAACCUUCUUCUUUUGCUUAAAUCAAAUGCAUAAGAUUUUAAUUGAAUGCACAGUUGAAAAGAUUUUGAAAAACCGUUAAAACCCUUUAGAAACCGUUGAAGUAGUUUAUCUUAUCGCGUUAUAAGUGACAAUUGAUUUAGUUUAUUUUGGAGCGAAAACAUAAAUAAACCUUCUUCUUUUGCUUAAAUCAAAUGCAUAAGAUUUUAAUUGAAUGCACAGUUAAAAAUAUUUUGAAAAACCGUUAAAACCCGUUAGAAACCGUUGAAGUAGUUUAUUUUGCCGCGCUAUAAAUGAC